UGCCAAGAACCUGUUGUUUUUUUCAUAAGCUUCACUGGGUUGAAUAUCAAAAAAUAAUGGACCGGCCGUAUUAAACAGAAAAGUUUUUAGCUUCAAUGGCGUCCGGCCGGAAAGGCGGGAAAAGCGGACUGAUAAGAGAUAAUGGUCAGAACUAGCUCGGAGGUAACGGCCGGUUUUGAUUUUCUUCUGUCAAAAUUGUCCGAUUGUUCAAUUUUUUGGACUUUCCUCCUUUGUUUGUUUCUCUUUCUCUCCAAUCCUAUCAUGAAACAUGGGAGAUGGGCUACGGCUAACUGUGAAAAAACUCGGUCAUGAACUUGAAGAAAUAAGGCUUAGGGCAUUGGAUAAUAUCCUUACGAAGCUCAACCUACACAUAAUAGCGGAAGACCAACUUCUGGACGAGCCCGACUUGUUUCCUUUAUUGGUGAAGUGGUUUCAAUUUUCUUCUGUGCCAAAAAAAUCAGUAGUUUUACAACUCAUCCUCCGUCUAGUAAAGAGCAAAGAUGGCCUUGAUCUCCUUCUUAGACAGGAUCCCGAUUUAUUGCAAAUCCGAAAUGGCAUUGAUGAAGAGGAGAAACAACUAUUCGAAAAGCUUUGCUCGUUGGCGAAUAUCAGCCCUGGUAAUAUUAAAAAAACGACUUCUAGGACAAAGAACGGGUUUCAUGUUAAGGAAGGGGAAAGGAAAGGGUUGUCAACUUCAUGGACAGAAUCAGUCGCUUCUAACAAGUUGACAGAAGGAAGCCUGACAUCAGAAUGCUUUUCAGAAAGGAGUGAGAGUUCAAGGCCCAUUUCUCCCCGAGUUGAUUUAUCUUUCCAUUCUUCAUUAGCAAGUGGUUGUGUUUCAUUCCCUACAUGGAAACAGGUCUAUUGGCCUUCUCCCACGCUUGCGACAUCUGAUAAAAAAGUGCUCACAACAGUCCUCAAUUCAUUGCGUGAUGGAUCACAAAGAGAUCAGGCUGCACAUUUUUUUUCAACAGUCAUCCUUCAGGAUUUCCCUCCGCAAGUUUUUCUAAAUGACACAUCAAUUCUUCUUGUUUUGCUUGAAAUGGUCGAAAAGGACAAGUCAAACGAGAGAGCGCUUACAUGCCUAGAAGACUUGACAAAGGCCUUGCUCGUUUAUUUUAAAUAUUAUAGUGAUUGCUCGGUGAUAUCUUUAAAUUGCUUUAUGGUUGAUGACAAACUGGAUGAACAAAUCGAUAUUCAAGGUGGUGGAGAUUCGAAUCUGACUGAAUACCAUUACACUGAAAAUAUGAAAAACAAAUGUUUUGAUUCACAAGUUGUAGGCCUAGGAGAUUUUUGUGCAUUAGUUUUGGAUAAAAUUGGUCCUGUGAUACCUAGUAUAUUUCCCGUGAUCGCCCUUAGUAUCUCUAAUGCCGAGCUGUUCUGGAAUGCAAUGGAUGCAAAGGCUGGACCGCUGAAACACAGUCUUACCUCGACUCUUUCCUCAUUAGCGCACAAUCUCCUCAGGGCGAAGGGAAUUGGUGCCAUUAAGAGAUUGAACACCCAAAUAUUAGCGGCAAAACUUCUUAAAGCUGCUGUACCCCAAUCUGUCUGUUAUGUCGUUGUCCCGAAGGACAUGCAAGAAGCUAUGUCGGCAUCAUUGCUUGACCCAAUCCUCUAUUUAUUGCAACCUCGUAUCCAUCGUUUUUUUCUAUCUUACGUGAGGAAUUUCAAGUAUCACGAUUCAAAAACAUAUAACGAAUUUAUAUCAAUGGCUCUAUCACUAGAAGCAGCAGCAAAAUUUUUAAAAUGUCACAAAGAGUUGCCAUUUAUAGAAAUGAUCGAUUGCUUCAAGGAUUCCCUUCUGGGACUGGAAAUACACAAAGAAUAUAAAAUAAUAGAAUUGUUUUUUAAAAUAAUUGACAAAGAUGAUUUAAGUCAGAGUCAUAUUGAAUCAAUACAGGCUUUGACAGCGAAACUUUUAGCGUCCAGCGAUGCUAAAGCAAAGGUAAUUUCAUACAAAAUGGUCGUUGAUGCUGUUAAUAAGAAACUCGGGCCCAAGGCAAAUUCUCUCGAGACAAACCACUACUCGUUUCUUCUUUUUGUAUUGAAUAGAAAAGUCUUCAAGGAGAUAGUUUAUUACGGUCUGAGCAAUGAAGAUAGCGAUGUUCGACAGUGUAGUGAAGUAAUUCUUGUUUUGAUACUCAAGAGCCAGAUACUUGUUCCUGCGUCUUCUUGGAGAUGGCUAAUUUCUGAAAUGUCCACUGUAUUUUCCGUCCUCCAAGCAUACGCUGAUCUAAAUUCAUCCUUAGGCCGUACCAUAUUGCAAAUGCUUGAUCCAGAUACUUCUAAGGAAAUUAUGUUGCCAGUGAUGGAGGUCUUGACUGGAAAUAUAAGAUUAAUGAUGUCCAAAAGUAAAGAUUGUAAAAAUGAAGCAACAGCAAGAGUGAUUUAUUUAUUAAACAUCCCAUCUAAUCUAGAUAUUAAUGAGUCAUUUAAUCUUGGUGAUAAUCCCAUCUCAUCUAGAUCUUCAGCUUAUGGCGGAUACGAGGAAGGGAGUUUAAUAAAGGUUCUAGAAGUUCUUGCGACGAAUCCUUCUGAUCCGCAAAUAUUAAAAUCAGCGCUGACACAACUCAGCCUCAUUAUGGAAGAUAAAUGUUUGCACAUUCCUUUCUUGGAUUAUAAAGGAUUGAAUGUCAUAUUGUCUUUCCUUCAUUCUUCAGUGACCAAUAUGAGCGAAGGAUCUAAAUCGAUAUUCACAAACUCUGUGGUCAUAUUGAAACAUUUGGCCAGGCAUAACACCCAACUGAGACAUGAUUUUUUCCUCAAUUAUGACAUGUAUGAUUCUAUUUUAAAAGGCCUUUUCCUUUAUAAUGAUGAUUGGCGAUUAUUACGAGAUGUUUCACAACUUCUUACACUUAUGGUUUUUGCUGAUGUCGUCGUUACGACAUCAGACAGUGUCUCAUUUCCACAAGCCAUAAUUCAAAAAAUGAAAUUACCGUUUGAGGCUACACCCCACUCACAAGUCAGCGAUAACUAUCAACCAUCAAAGAUAGAGGAUCUUUUAAGCAAUAAAAACGUCAAGUCGUCACUGGCCCUUUUGUGGCUUGUUGAAAGUUUGGAAGGCGGUAUUAAAGAAAUUGCCGAGUCGCAGGUUCAGACUUCGGGUUCGCUGCAUUUGCCCGUGUCCCAAAUCUCGAUUGAGGACUUAAUUACAUGCUACAUUCCGCACAACGUAAACAAAUUGCUCGUAUCUUUGAACUGUUCAAAUUCGCAUGCAGAUGCACAGAGUAUUCUGAAACAGUUGAAAAGCUACAUGAAGUUGGCUCAACUCUGUGACUCUUUUCAAGAUCUUCACAAAUUGCAAUGGGAAACAACGUUUUUACGCUACUUGACAACAUUACCGGCGAGUGUGCAGGACCAGCUCUUGCUUGUUGAGAUACUCCAAUUUUUAACAUUUAGUGCCAAAUUUAUUCCUGAGUUGCUCUCAUGGCUAUCAGGGAUUGUCAAGGACCCAGCGUUCACCCUGAAUUCUCUUUUGACACGUAUCACCAUAUCUGACAAUACAGCACUUGGUAAAGAGCUUUCAAUCAGGAUCUUGUCACUCGUGGAGACUUGCUUAAAAAACAGCGAACCUGACGGAUGGGAAUAUGUUACAAACACACUGCUACAGUGCUUGUCGCAUAGUCACACUCAGAAAUUUUACAGUAUCGCUGUUAUGGAUAAAUUGUUAAAGUGCCUUUUACAAUUAACAGAACUGAAAAUAUUUUUGAACCCGAAAUGCCUAUGGCAGCUGUUGAACGCUUUUCACUGUGCCACUCCUUAUUCUUGUAUGGGCCUGACCAUCACAAGACUCACGGUGCUUUGCCUGUGCAACUUGCUUGUGUUGAAACCAAAGGGGAAGAAAUUUUGGCUACCUUCUGAAACAAAGUGGUUGCAGUCUAUGAUAGGAAGCAAGGAUCUCAUCGUAAAAUCAGCCACUCUUGAACUUCUCUCUGGCUUGACACUCGAGUUCUCCCAACAAGUCGUCAUGCAAUUUCCUGAACUUUGGGAAACAUCGUUGAAUAUACUUUUAGAUCACAACGAAGCAAGCCUUGUUCGCGAACAAGCAGCUAAUCUUUGCAGCAAUCUGAUCGCAACGAGCGAGGACAAAACGCAUGUGCAGUUGUGUAUUUCUACAAAGCUUUUCUCCUGUAUUUCAAUCGUAGCAGCAAGGCUUAAUUUUUCUUCGUCUCUAAAGCAGACUGUCAUCCGGGAUUUUUUAUUUACUUCAUUUUCAUCAUCACCUUAUGAAUAUACUGAAAUUUCGAGUGUCACUACUCCCAACCUGUUCAUUGCAUGCUGCCGGAUUACUUUGAGUUUAUUGUCGAAAGAAAAGGAAGAAGUCAUCUCAGCCAUGCAUACACAAGGAUUGGUCACUGAGCUUUUUAGGCAUGUGUCCCAGUGGCAGAGUUGCAAGACACUUUGCAAUCAGGACAGGGUUGAUAUGUACGCUAUGGUUCUCCAAGUCCUUACGCAUUGCACCCACUUGCCUGCGACCUGCGUUAAAGACUGCGUACCCACACUCGUCUGGCUUUUACAAGAUUCUACUUACUGCGAAGAAGUGAAUAAAAAAAUGAUAUUGAAUGCAAGCCUGAGGCUUUUGGGUUCGAUAGCGAGCAAUCAGAAAAACAUCGAUGUUAUAUUUACGCUUGAGGCGAUUGAAAGUUUGUGCUUGACAACCGUCUCGGACGAUGGUGUCACUGCAACUGCUGUAGCUCAUUUAAUCCCAUUUUUAACUUCUGAAGCGAAUGUUGAAAUAGUAAAAGCAUUGAAGGGAAAUUGCCCUCUGACUCACAGGUUUCUUAUUGCAAGUAUUCUUGGCUGUUCCCAUUCCGGUACAAAAGCCGCCCUGGAAUGCGGACUUUUGGAACCGCUUAUUGUUAGGUUGAAAGAAACUCAUGUCAGCUUGGCCAUAAUGCCUCCUGAUGUUCCAAGAAGCAAAAAGGCUAACACUGUUCUUCAUAAUUUGUCAAUCGAUCUGUGCCUUUUGAUCAACUUUAUUGCUGGUUCGGCAGAAGCGAAACUGAUGUGUGUCAAUUUCGGAUUAGCAGAUAUUAUUCAUAAACUCUGGGCGUGGUGUCUUCUAGACGUUGUACUCAUAUCCACUCUACUGCAAGUUCUUAUCACAUAUACUGCCAAUUCCCCACAAGCUGCCGCCACUCUGGUUUUGACAAGUACGAUGGCCGGAGUUGGACAGAGAAAAACACCAACAUCUUCUUCUAUUUUACAUGCCACGAUCGGCCUUUUCUCAAGGGACGUUUACAGCAUCGAGUUGCGAAAGAUGGUCCUGGAGCUUUUGUCCCACGCUUGCCAGGCCUUAGAAGCAAGAAUCGUCAUGAACAAGUCGAAUCUGUUAAAUGAGUUCCUCAAAAUUGGUCAAACGAGGAAGACAAGUCAACUGGAAGAUUUGGAAAUUUGUUGGUUGCGAUUUUUUGUUAUCUUCUCUAGUUUUCCAGAAGGGCAGGCUUCACUCAUGAAAAACGAAGAUAUAAUGGAACAAUUUUUAGAGUUCCUUUCAAUCGGUAAACCCGAGUUGAAAACAUUAUCACUUUCCAUAUUCCGCAACUUGGUCUUAAACCCGGCUAACAAGCAGCGUUUUAUCGUCUCUGACAAAUUUUUGAGGACGAUUUCCAACUGGGCAGUUGAUCCGUCGAUAACGGAAAACGAGCUCCAGGACGUUCUGCUGAUUGCAUGGUUCAUCGCGGCCAACAGCCAACGUGGAAAGUUCGCAGUGAGGAAUGUCAAUCUCGACGGAAGGCUGCAAUUGGCCGUCAUCACGUACCCGGAACAAACCAAAAUUGCUCAACUCGCUAAAAAAGUUUUACCGAUAAUUAAAUCUUCUUAGAUUUUCAAAUUUUCAUUUAUAUAUUUUAUUUAUGAUCGUACAAGUAAAUAUAUGCAAUGUUUGUCUUAUUGUGUAAAUAUUGUAAAGUAGUUAAAAUGAAUUUUGAAAAUGUACAGAUGUG